AUUAUGCCUGAAACCACCGUGAAAGCGCCCAAGAAGGGCUCAAAGAAAGCCGUGUCUAAGAGCGUCAGCAAGAGCGGCAAGAAGAAGAGAAGGACCAGGAAGGAGAGCUACGCCAUCUACGUGUACAAGGUGCUGAAGCAGGUCCACCCCGACACCGGCAUCUCGUCCAAGGCCAUGGGCAUCAUGAACUCGUUUGUGAGCGACAUCUUUGAGCGCAUCGCCGGUGAGGCCUCCCGUCUGGCUCACUACAACAAGCGCUCCACCAUCACUUCCAGGGAGAUCCAGACCGCCGUCCGCCUGCUGCUGCCCGGUGAGCUGGCCAAGCAUGCCGUGUCUGAGGGCACCAAGGCCGUCACCAAGUACACCAGCUCCAAGUAA